ACCUUCUUGAAGACCUUUUUUUCAUAAUAAAUAUAUACCAUGACCGAGUUAGAUGGGUCGAAGUUGGUAUCCUUAAAAGUCUAUGGACUUCCCCCGUUGAAAAAUACUUUAUUUUCGGGACUUAAACCUCUCCCAUAUUUGGAAAAGGAUGAAGAAUCUCCAGCUACGGAUUCUCCACCUAUCCAUGGAUUAACAGUGCCGGUAUUCCAAAACGAUGCCGUUUUACAAGUCAUCAGGACAAAUGUGGCUAAAAUAAGGUCUCUUGGAAGUUCUGGGCUUGGGAAUGAUACCAAAGAUGGGAAAUCUAUUGAUGAGAUUGUAGACAAGAAUGACGAUACCAAAAUUAAUAUGAAUAAUGACAAAGAAGGAUUAAAUGGAGAAUAUGACGAGAACGCCAUGGAAAUUGACUCUACUGGGCCAAUACAUUUCUUGGAUAUUAGAAAUUUUUAUCCAAAAAACUUGAAGGAUCAAGUGACCACAGUAACGAUAAAAAACUUCCCUGCAGUUAAAAAGUCUGCUCUCGAAAGAAUCCUUCAAUUGGUAACUCAAUCGUCUUUCAAAUGGACCAUGAUAGACUCAGAUCAUAUAGAGCACCGUCUAGUAUUUGUUCGGUUGGACAAUGUUCAGAAAUUGAGUGGGUUUGUUGAUCGUUUACAAUCCAUUGGAUUGGAUGAUUUGAAGAUUAUAUUAGAUAAAUCUUCAAAUCAAUAUAUCGAUGAAAAGAAAAUGGAAGAAGAUAACUCAUUGACCACUACUGUAAAGAAAAUUGUUCAAAAUAAGAAGAAUUACGACCGUAUGGGUAACUCAAAGGGAACGGAAGAUUUGGACGCAGCUAUGUCCUACUAUAGUUCAUACAAUGUAGAGCCUAGUGAAUUGGUUGAUGUACCCAAUGACCUAAAGGAAGGAAUCAUAAAAGAUAUUAUAAAAUUCAGAUCUAAAGUGUUGAAGAUUGAAAAGGAAAGAAGAAAGAAGGAGAUGGAACAAGAACGUCAAAAUGCAAAGAGAAAUCUAAAGCGACUUUUCGAAGAUAUUCAGGAAACUGUCAAUGGAGAAACUGAAGACGUUGAGAUGAUUCCGCUGGAAGAGUCCGGAACAGCAGUGGAGAACAGUGAUGCAGUUAAUGACUAUGAUGAUUUAACCGACCAACAAUAUGAAGACUUGAUGAACCGUAAGAGGACUCAAGAAAAUGAACAACAAUAUUCUGCAGAACUUAAGAUUAUGAAAGAACUGGAAACUUUUGAAAAGCAAACUUUGUUGAAUAAACUUUCAACUUUAAAGAAUUACGAAAAUUACCUCAUGGAGAAUAAGGCCAAAUUCAUAGAAAAUUUCAAAAGUUUCCAAGAUUACAACCCGCAACAACCUGCCUCAAGCACUUUAAACACCGCCAAGAUACGUUUAUACUAUUCUAAUCAUUCUGAAUAUCUCCGGAUCCGGACCAAAGAAAGAGCCCAUGAAGAAAAACUCGACUCCUUGGAUGAGAAGCAAGAUAUUGAACAACAAGAAGUGCAACCGCAACCAUCUACUGUUGGUAUCAGUAUUUCUACAAAGCAAAGUAAAGCUGAAACUGAGAAACCCAAAUCAUUACCUGCUAUCACUUCUAUUGUCAUUUCUCAACUUGACAAGGAAGUGUGGGAUCAAAUAAACGUCAAGAUUGGUGACUUAGUAGAAGAGUAUUUGGGAUUAAGAGAAGAAUCGUUAAUCGAAUUCAUCUCUACAUUCCUUAUGGAGAAAAAUUUGUCUGACAAGGAAGGAUUGAUUGAAGAACUUUCAGAAACCUUGGAUGAUGAUGCAAAUGUCGUUGUUGAGGAACUUUGGGGAUUUAUGACUUCAUUCAAGUGAGAGAGAAAAAUAAGUUUUAGGUCUCAGUAAAACAUCUUCGAAGUCGACUAGCUAUAAUGUUUUGUAUACCAUAUUGGUGAAGAACUAGGCUGGAAAAGUCUAUACUAUAGCUGUCGGAGUUGGUGGUUUUUGUCAAUAUUAAGUGUAGCUCUUACACUCUAAUUUUGUCUGCAUGUCUAAGACUACAAUAAGUCAUCAAGACCAUUAUUUUGUCACUAUGUAAGUCCACCUAUAGCAAGUCUCAUCCCUAUAUUGACGAACUUGUCAGAUUGAUAUAUUAUAGUAAUA